GGCGGGGCAGGGGGCUCCCGGGCCGGGGGGGGACACGCGGUGCCCCCCGCCCGGCUCCCCCGCCCGGCUCCCCGGGCUGCAGCGGGGGGCACGGUGCCGGACGCGCCCGUGCCAGCAGCCAUGGGGUUAACGGCAGGCAGCGAGCGAGAGAGACAGAGACGGAGAGAGAGAAAGAGGGGCUGGACCAGUCCUCGGCAGCUGUUUAUUUCAAGGCAUCUCUCGCUCCCUCUCCCUCAGCCAGGGCUCAGCCUCAUCAAACCUUCCUCCUCCUCCUCCUCCUCCUCCUCUCCUUCCUUCGUCCUGGCCAUGAGAGGCACCGGCAGCAGCAGCUGUGCUCCCCCAGCCCCCUGUUCCGCCGCCCCGGCUGCGCCCCACUCGGCUCCCCGCAAGUGAAGAAGAUGAGACGGGAUCCUCGCUGAGCAAAGACGCUGUUGCAUCUGAGAUGGAGCCCAGUGCUUGCAGGAUGCCUCCACUCCUCUCCUGCAUCCACUCCCUGCAGCUUUGGCAUCUCCUCCUCCUGGUCCUGGCCGUCCCUCCUCCUGGUGUCUGGUCUCUUCGUUCUCGGGGUCCAGCAGCCACUCGGCCUCUGUGCACCCGUCGGAGCCCCUCAGCCCCACGGUCCAUUUGCAUUUGGGACAGGACCUCGCUGCCGGAGAGGGAUGCUCGCUUCGCCCUGCCACGCCAGCGGUCCCUGCCCCCCCGGGGGGGAGAGCUGCGGCACGUCGUGCGGCUGAGGCGCCAGGCAGCAGGAGUCCGCCCUGCCACCCCCUCUGGCUUUGAGGACGGCAUGCCCUCCUCCCAGUACCCCUGGGCCAUCGUCUGGGGUCCCACAGUGUCGGAUGAGGAUGGAGGGGACACCAAUUCGGCCAACCCAGGCUUCCCACCGCUGGGAUACACCUUUGUGUCGCCACACGGGAUGGCAACGGCGCAGCCCAACUCCCACUCGCUCCUGCACAAUGCGGGACUCAACCUGCGGGAGACCCCGGCCACCCUACGGCCCUUCUUGUUUGGGCCCCGGGGGGAAGGUGUGGACCCCCAGCUGUACGUCACCAUCACCAUCUCCAUCAUCAUUGUCCUAGUUGCCACCGGGAUUAUAUUCAAAUUCUGCUGGGACCGUAACCAGAAGCGCCGGCGUCACUCGGGGCAGCAGAGCGGUGGGAGGCAGCAGGAGAGCCAGCAGCCCCUCACGGACCUCUCCCCCACCACUGUCAGCAUCCUGGGACCCUACGGAGACUCCCUGGCCCCCACACCUGAGCAGGAGGAGUCCAGGCAGGGCCAGGAGAAACUGGGGGGCCAUGGGAAGAGCACGGCUUUCCAGCUCAACCGAAUCCCACUGGUGAACCUGUGAUGCUCACGGGAGAAGCAGAGCUGGCUCCCCCCAGCCUCCCGUCACAGCCAGCGAGCACAGACUCCCGCCGCCUCUGCUACCCCAGGAAAAAAAAGACCUCCUUGUGCCACGGCCCACCACCACCAUUACUAACUCACUCCACCAGGACGUGCCUGGGCAAAUGGAUGGGCUGGUCCUCCAACCUGCUGGGGGAAGGUUGGGGACUUCCCCCCACCCCCACCCCGGCCCAUGCAGAACAGGGUGAUGAGAGAGCAGGAUGGUGGGAGGGGAGGUGGCUGGUGGUGGUGUGACAUCUUGCCCCCCUGGCCCCUCUCCUAGCACACACGCAGACACACACACUUGGAUCUCCGUGACUCUCCCACCAGUGCAUGCCUGACAUCGGGGGUAGGCAAGGUGGAAAGGUGUACCCCUGUCCCCGUGGGCCCCAACCCCCUCUGUGUCCCUUCCCAUGUCAUGUGCUUUGAAGUGAGCGUUGGAGUUGGGUGCUGUAGGAUUGCCUGCCGGGGCUGGGGCUCCCCUGAGCCGGGACUUGGGUGAUGGCAGGUUCUUCUGCUCCCAAGGCGCUGGCCCUCCCAAGGGUCCCAAGUGGGGGUGAGGCUUGGGCAGAAGAGGCCUGCACAGCACCCGCCCCCCCCCCCCCAGCAAGCCAUUUCCUUGAAGGAAAUGUGACCUCCCCCCUAGACAGAAGAUAUUAACUGCUUUCCAUUUUCUUUCUGCCUAACGCUCUUCUGUUUUUUCUCUUCAGCUUGUAUCUUUCUUCAUCUCUCUGUCCCCAGUUUUUUUUCUUUCAGUUACUCCCCUCCGCCACUUCUCUUGCCAGUUAAAGUUGGAAAACGUUCCUUUAGCUUUCCAAAUGUCUUGAUCUCUUGGAAGCCUCCUUGCUGUCCCCCUCCACCCCGCCAGCCCACUUCAGCAAGGUUUUUCUGGAGAACAUCAUUCUAUGGUGAUGUCCUUCAGAACAUUCGAGGUGGACCCUCCGCCCAUCACGUUACUCACCAAGCGUCCUGUGCAUCGGGAUGCUGCCAAAGCAGCUAAAGCAUGGCAUGCAGACACAGCUGGGCAUGAUGAACUCGAGUUUUGGCCGGGCUGAGGUAGGGAAUUGCUUUCAGACGCUCAUGCCGCAGGCAACAAGCAGCAGAUGUGACUGUGCCUGGGAUGACAAAGAGCAAUUUUGAGUUGACCUUGGGAACGUUUGGAAGGCUGCCCCGUACUGCUGACAGGUCUCUCCUGGAAGGUGACUGGAGACCCCUGAAGCAGCACUUGCCAAGGGCAUGAGAGAGGGUAUAUGGGGGGUGCCAACUUUCGUGAGUGUCUUGCUCCAGAUGGCUGGGGACCAAAACCAAUGGCACAGGUACGGGUGCACACCAGUUGCCUGAGCGUGUACUUUGGGGCUGCAGUGGUCCGUAGGGCAGGUGGCCGCGCUGUCAGCUGUGUGGGUGAGCCAGAUCAGCCCAUCUCAACCUCUUCCUACAUGUGGACCCCUGGGCGUCCCUUUGAGGAACUGUGAAAUGGCAAAUUUGAGCUUCGUGACAGUCAUUGCUCUCCAUCAGCUUUUGUGGGCACCCUUGAAGCAAUUCACAGAUGCCACACCACGAGGCACUGAGCGGCAGCGAUGCAGGCUUAGGGCAGGUUGUCCCUGCACCGUGCAACACCUGCAGCUGCUGGGCUCAUGUGCCCAGAGUCAGGAGAAUCACCCACAAUUUGAAGGCCCAAAUGCACCAUUCAAAGUCUCUGACAAAAGUCAUCUUGGAGAGGAGAAAAUGGCCCUUUCAUCCCUUAUCUCUUCAGUAAAAGCCUAUUCUUUAUAGGACAAAGCGCAGGGAAUUUCAUAAGAGUCCUGGUUCUGCCCAUUUACCCAGCUGAACUAUUGGGUGAUCAUGGGUCCCAUCUGACUCACCGUGAAGGACAUUUAAAUGAGAGUGUAAAUUGCCAUAAGCUUCACAAAAAACAGUAGAGAUUUGGAGAAAAUGACAGGUCAAAUAAAAUUACUGGCUUAUUAAAAGCAGCAAAUGGCUGAAAGAUGUAGGCGGAAAAGGACUCUGGAGGUCUCCAGUCUAAGUGCAGUUUGAGUCUCCGCUUAUAGCAGGGUAUAUUAUUGCUUUACCUUGGAUCAAUCUAUUACCGAGCCUUUUCCUUACUCAGGCUCCAUUCAGGGCUCUGGCGGAUGUUCAGCCCGCUGCCCCUGCCAACCGGGAGCAGCUCGGGGCUGUUGCCCCUCCGGCUGGCGCAGCCACACAUGGGCUGCAAGGGGCUGCGCUGCUCAGCGCUGGCAGUUUACAAUACAAUGCCUUGAACUGGUUUAAAUAAUCUUCCAGACCAGAUUAAUUAGAUUGCUCUUUGAUCAAUAGGGCUUGUUGAAAUAAGGCCAGAGUUUAGACUCUACCACUUCAAGGGCUGUCCCUGGACUUUCCCUUCCCACGCGUGGCGUGGAGAGCAGGUCUGUAAGAAAGCGGCAGGGUGCUGCAGGAGAUGCAGUGGAAAUAUUUUCCAACACUUGACGUGGGGAAGCCCUGCGCUCAGCUGGCCAGGCUUUUGUAAACUCUGCAAACAAAUCAGAUUUUGGUGGUUUGGGUUUUUUCCUCCGCUUUUAACGUGCCUCUGGUUUUGGUCAAAGUACCUCCAGGGAGAAAAGCUUUUCACGGAUACUGUGGUAAGGGGGAAACUGGAGAAUGCAGUAGAGAAAACUAUUCAAAUGACAGGAGCUUGGAUAAGCUGAACAUCUUUUCCAAGACCAAUUUUUCUAGCCAAACAUGUUUUUAGAACAGUCAUCCACUCUCUCACGUGAAACAGGUUAGAUACGGGAAACAACUUCAUUGUCCUGCCCUGCUACAUUUUGUCCCUGGAACAAAAUGUUCAAAACACAUGUGGGCACACAAACAUUCUUCCAGUCAAUAAAUAAUCUCACUGGAUCUGUUUUCUCCAUGGCUGGAGCCUUAGAAACCAUCUUCCCCACCACGGACUGGAGGCAGAGCGUGCCUGCAGCCCCUCGCCCUGGGCCAGGCUGACACUGCGAGAUGCGCACAUGGACGGGCUGACGGCACCAAGUUCCAAUCCAGGGCAGAGGCCAGCACCUUCCCAGUCACAGCUUAUCAGGUUUCCCUGCCUUCUAGGUGACUGGAAGAGAAAGGUUUGGAUUCAUUUUUUCCAGUGGCAAUUUCACAGAGAGAAAAGUGGGUGGGGAAACCAAUGGAAAAUGUUCACAGCCUUGGGCUGAGCCUGCCUAACCUUUCUGCACAAUUAAAAGGGAACAUCCAGGUGGGUGGGUGAGCUGGAGGAACCAUGUCUCUGCUCAGCUCCUUGAGGGUCCUGGCUUCGUUAGUGCAAAGGUGGUCUUUCCAUGAGUGCAGUGGGAAGGUCUGGGGAAGGAUCUCUCUCCUCUGCCCUGUACUGGUUUGGAGCAGACACUGGAGUCUCCCGCUGUUUACCCACCAGAGCGUAUGACCACAAGGCCAAAUCCUGCUUGGGCUUUCCCAUCUGGUUGGUGGCAACUGGUAGGCAACAGAAGGCACUGCUUCCACAUCGCUCCUCCGGUCCACUUCCCAGGGACUCGCAUCCAGCUGAGCAUCCCACGGCUUCAGAGAGGGUUAUCUACCUCUUCCUCAACGGCACCUAAGUGCCCUUCCAAAUCUGGCCCCUUCAUUCCCCACUCCCUUUCCCAAUAAGGAAAAACGUUUGGAAAGGAGCGGUUUGUUCAUUCCCCACAAGUUCUCAAACACAAUCACCUUCACACUGUUCUGAAUUAAAGUGCGGUUUUGGUUUUUCACUCUGACAAACCAUGUCGAUGGCACAGCCUUAGAGCCAAGUCCUGCAGCACAAAAGCCCCGGGCCAAAUUCCAGCCCCCAGCUGCACCCCUGCUGAUGUCUCCCCAUAGUCCUGCCCCUACCUUGGGAAGACCAUAGAGGGCGACCCCCUUCCUUCACCGACUGCCAGCUCUCUACUCCUUUUUUCCUGUUGUUUUCCCUCUCCCACUGUUUCCCCAUUUCCCAUUCCUGUCCUGCACCACAGUCUCCCUCCCAGUUAUUUCUCCUCUCCUACUGUUUCACUCUCCCCGCUCCUUUCUUGUUCUACCUUUGCCACUUGGUCUCGUUCUGCUGCAGCUCCCAUCCUCCCCUCCGUCCUCCCUCCUGCUUCCCUGCUCAGUCUCGCUCUUCCUCCUCCCCUGCCCUUGUGCGCUGUGAUAUAUAUUUUUGUAGGAAUUCUCUUCUCCUUGUGGUGAAAUAUUCAAUUCUUGUGGGAUGUUAGUUUCAACAUUUUUAAAUAAACCUUUGCAAAAUACUGGAAGCAGAGCACUUGCU